AUGCCCCAACUUAACCCUGCACCCUGAUUUGCUAUCCUAGCUUUUUCCUGACUAGUUUUCCUAACUGUAAUUCCACCCAAAGUCCUAGCACACUCUUUCCCAAACGAACCCUCCUCCCAUAGCGCAGAACAACCUAAAACAGAAUCCUGAAACUGACCAUGACAUUAA